GCGGUGGCGCGGCUCGCGGAAGGCCGGCGCUAUGGGGCCGAGCCGCGUGCGGGCCGUUUUCUUCGACUUGGAUAACACACUCAUCGACACGGCCGAGGCGAGCAGGAGAGGCAUGCUGGAGGUGAUAAAGCUCUUACAAUCAAAAUACCAUUAUAAAGAAGAGGCUGAAAGCAUCUGUGAUAAAGUUCAGGUUAAACUCAGCAAGGAAUGUUUUCAUCCUUACAACAUGUGCAUUACUGAUCUAAGGACUUCCCAUUGGGAAGAAGCAAUCCAGGAAACAAAAGGUGGUACAGCCAAUAGGAAGUUGGCUGAAGAAUGCUAUUUCCUGUGGAAAUCCACACGUUUACAGCAUAUGACACUAGCGGAAGAUGUCAAAACCAUGCUCACUGAACUGCGAAAGGAGGUCCGCCUACUUUUAUUAACAAAUGGUGACAGACAGACCCAGAGGGAGAAGAUCGAGGCCUGUGCCUGUCAGUCCUAUUUUGACGCUGUUGUUGUAGGAGGAGAGCAGAAAGAGGAGAAGCCAGCGCCUUCCAUAUUCCAUUACUGCUGUGACUUACUGGGAGUGCAGCCUGGGGACUGUGUGAUGGUUGGUGACACAUUAGAAACUGACAUACAAGGAGGCCUCAAUGCAGGGCUGAAAGCAACAGUCUGGAUAAAUAAAAAUAGAAUAGUACCACUGAAGUCGUCCCCCGUCCCACAUUAUAUAGUUUCUUCUGUGCUAGAGUUACCUGCUCUCUUACGAAGUCUAUAACUUCAAAGUUAGUAUGUCAGCUUAAAGCACAUAAAAGAGCAUGAUUACAAAUC